GGGAAAGAUGGAAGUGCUUGGGAGUCACGAGACGGCCCUUCUUCUACUGCUCAUCACUGCGGUGCGUGCUGCCCAGCCACCUGGCCUUCAGCAUUACAGCCGCCGCCGCGCGCCCGCCCGCCCGCCAGGAUGUCGUACAUGCUGCCUCAUCUCCACAACGGCUGGCAGGUGGACCAGGCCAUCCUGUCGGAGGAGGAUCGAGUGGUGGUCAUCCGCUUCGGGCACGAUUGGGAUCCGACAUGCAUGAAAAUGGAUGAGGUUUUGUACAGCAUCGCCGAGAAGGUAAAGAACUUUGCUGUUAUUUAUCUUGUGGAUAUCACUGAAGUACCAGACUUCAACAAGAUGUAUGAGUUGUAUGAUCCCUGCACAGUCAUGUUUUUCUUCAGGAACAAACACAUCAUGAUUGAUUUAGGUACAGGUAAUAACAACAAGAUCAACUGGGCAAUGGAAGAUAAACAAGAGAUGAUUGACAUUAUAGAAACUGUUUACAGAGGAGCCCGCAAAGGUCGAGGUUUAGUGGUAUCACCAAAAGAUUAUUCUACUAAAUACAGAUACUGACAUUU